AUGUCUACGCCAUUCCUAGACACUGAAGGCAAUCCGAUAUCCAAGGACCAGCUCCUUGGGUACGGUCGGUCUGGAUUAGUCAUCCUCCAAAAGGGCGUCGCCGUAAAAAUGCCUUUAAGAUACCUGCAAAGCUCGGACGACGAGGUGAACUUAAACACCAGUGUCAUUCAGAGGGAGCAAGAGGUUUAUCAGCGUCUCGAGCAAUGUGAAGGUGUUUUACCGUGUCUCAGCUUCUCUCCCACAACUAUCCAACUUCCCUUUAUGAGAAAUGGGGAUCUCCGCUCCUAUUUAUCAGAGAAUCGGCCACCUAAAUCUCGCCAGCUUUCAUGGUUCCGACAGAUGGCUCAAGCUCUAUCUCAUAUACACAGCCGUUCAGUCAUUGUUGCAGAUAUUGCUUGCCGAAAUAUCCUCCUUGAUUCCGAUCUCAACAUCAAAUUUUGCGACUUUACCGAAUCGACAAUAAUGCCUCUUCAUACCAAUAUGGAAACAGCUGAUGACAAUGGAUAUUCGAUUCAGACUGAUAUCGGACAAUUGGGCGCUGUUAUGUACGAGGUUGUGACCGGAAAACCCUGCAAGUUCGAUCUCCACGAAAAUCAUGCUUCCCGAGCCACAUGGCCGCGGAGGGAAACCUUCCCUAGCACAAAAGACAUCUGGAUCGGGUCAAUAAUUGAGAAAUGCUGGACUCAAGGUGCCUAUCAGAGCUCAACUCGUCUAGUCGAAGCGUUGGAUGCUGUCGUUUUGGAAAAUGAGAACCAGGGGAGUUCAUGCGUGGUCUCAAGCAAAGGCAUUUUCGUAGCUGGGUUGGGAUUGGAGUGA